AUGACUAUGCUCGGGCAACAGGGGCAGUGUAAAUUUGAGGAAAAAUGGCCAUCUAUGAGACCCACCGUGUUAAAACUGCUCAGGCAAGAGUCAGUCCCCAGACAAGAAUGGCAGGACCUGUUUUGGUAUGUGCAUUCAGUCUGUAUGUGGGAUGAAAAAGAAGGACCCAACCACAUAUAUGAAGCCUUGCAGAAAGAUAUUCUAGACUUCAUCAAACAAGCACAAAGUAGAGUUCUACAGCACAAGGAGGAGUCUGCAUUGCUGCGUGCUUACAUAGCAGAAUGGGGCAAGUUUUUCACACAGUGCAACUACCUGCCUAAGCCAUUCACCCAACUGGAAGCAAACCUCAUGGGGAAGUUACACAGCAGCAUGCCUAAAAAGACUCAGUCCCCUGAUGAAAGUUUGGUCAGAAAGUUGAUGUUAGACAGCUGGAACUCAAGUAUCUUUUCCAACAUCAAGGAUAAACUACAGUACAGUGCCAUGAAGUUGGUCCAUGCCGAGAGACACGGGGAAGCUUUCGAUACACAGCUUGUCAUUGGUGUUCGUGAGUCAUAUGUGAACCUGAGCUCAGACACCGAAGACAAACUGAAAAUUUACUGUGAGAAUUUUGAAAAGGCAUACCUGGAGGCAGCUGAAAACUUCUACAAACAAAACGCUCCCAAUUACCUAGAACAGAAUGGUGUACAGAACUACAUGCGUUAUGCUGAUAACAAGUUAAAGGAGGAAGAAGCCAGGGCUAAACGAUAUCUAGAGACUGGUUAUGGGUGUAAUUCAGUCAAUUGUCUUGUUGACUGCUGCGUCAGAGCCUUGGUGACAAGUUUCAAAGACACUAUCCUCGCAGAAUGUGCAAACAUGAUUAAAAAUAAUGAAACAGAAAAAUUACGUCUAAUGUUCAGUUUGAUGGAUAGAGUGCCGGAUGGUAUACAGCCCAUGCUGCAAGAUUUAGAAGCCCAUAUAGUCAGCCAGGGUCUGGCAGAUAUGAUGUCAGCAGCUGAAACCAUCACAUCUGACUCUGAGAAAUAUGUAGAGCAACUGUUGGAACUGUUUACUAGAUUUAGCCGCUUAGUAUCUGAGGCCUUCAAUGAUGAUCCACGAUUUCUUACUUCACGGGACAAGGCAUAUAAGACAGUUGUAAAUGACAUUUCAGUGUUUAAAUUAGAGAUUCCUAUAAAGAACAAAGGGGUGAGUGCCAAAUCUCAGCCAGAAUCAAAAUGCCCAGAGCUGCUGGCCAAUUUCUGUGAUAUGUUGCUGCGGAAGACCACUGUCAGCAAGCGGCUUACUCCAGAAGAGGUCGACAAGAAACUCAAAAAUGUUCUGCUGGUGCUGAAGUAUGUCCAAAACAAAGAUGUCUUCAUGCGCUACCACAAGGCCCAUCUCACCCGCCGACUGAUCCUUGACUCUUCCGCAGACAAUGAGAAGGAGGAGAACAUGGUUGAGUGGCUCAGGGAUGUAGGUAUGCCUGCAGACUUUGUCAACAAACUACAGAGAAUGUUUCAGGACAUCAAAGUCUCAGAAGAUCUAAAUUAUGAAUUCAAAGAGGCACACAGAAACAACAAUGAAGGCAUAGCAGAUGCCAUCAACAUCAAGAUUCUCAAUGCUGGUGCCUGGGCUAGAACCAGCGAAAGGAUGCCUGUUUCACUGCCCUUAGAGUUGGAGGACUACAUUCCUCAGGUGGAGGAGUUUUACAAGCAUAAACACAGUGGUAGAAAACUUCAGUGGCACCAUGCCAUGUCAAACGGAGUUAUCACAUUUGCAAAUGAUGUAGGACGGUAUGAGCUGGAGGUGACCACGUUUCAAAUGGCUGUACUGUUUGCGUGGAACCAGCGACCAACAGAACGGUUGUCCUACGAGAGUCUGAAGCUGGCUACAGAGUUGCCAGAUAAUGAACUCAGGAAAACAAUUAUGUCUCUUAUGGUGCCAAAGAAUAGGAUUCUUGUGAGUUCUCCUGAAGUGAAAAGUCUGCGAGACUUUACAGACAACACAGAAUUUUGGGUGAAUCAACAGUAUGCUUUCACAAAAUCUGGCAAGGCACAGAAACGAGGAAAAACAAAUCUGAUUGGUCGGCUGCAACUGACAACAGAGAAAAGCAGGGAAGAGGAUAAUGAGGGUAUCAUGCAUCUCAGAAUUUUACGAGUGCAG